AUGCAUCCAGAAGAAAGGAUAAGACUGGACCAAGAAUUGGAGGCUUCACAGCUUCUGUCGCCUCAGCCCACGACUCCACCAACUGCACCUCUGCCGCUCGCGCCUCCACCGCAGGUGCACCUGCUGUCGACACCGAUGCCAGUCCAGUCACCUGCACCAGACGGGCACCUCUCACCGCCGCCACGGCCCCACCUCUGGCCAUCAUUGCCACCACCGCCGUCGCCAUCCAUGGAGAUUGUUGUUCCGCCUCCUCAUCCGAGCAUACCCAGUGGCAAUGCAUCACAAGUGAGUGAAAUUGGUAACAACAGUGAUAAUAUUAAUGCACUGUGUGUUGUGCCAAAUAAUUCCUGUGAAGAAGAUGAAAACAUGAACAAUUAG